AUGGCGCUCCAGAUUCUGGCAGGGUCAAGCUGCCCUGAGUUCGCCGAUACCAUUGCGAAGAAAAUCGGCUGUCCUAUCAACCGAAAUCACCUCUCGACAUCUCGAUUUUCCAACGGUGAGACACGUGCCGUCAUCCAGAAUUCCGUUCGGGAUGCCCAUGUUUUCAUUUUGCAAACCGCGGCGGAGCCGGUCAAUGACAUGCUCAUGGAGCUUUUGAUCACGGUCCAUGCCUGCAAGAUCGCUUCGGCGCGGAGAAUCACAGUGGUGUUACCCUGCUUCCCGUACGCUCGUCAAGACAAGAAAGACCGCAGUCGCGCGCCUAUCACCGCAAAGCUCGUGGCCAACAUCUUGGAAAGUGCAGGCUGCCAUCACAUCAUUACGAUGGAUCUGCAUGCGUCUCAGAUACAGGGAUUCUUUGAUAUCCCAGUUGACAAACUUCUUCUGACAGCGUCUCCUGUUCAGCUGUAUGCGGAAACGACCAUGACCGAAUACCUGAGGCAGGAAUACGCCCAGGAGGACAUGGUAAUUGUGUCGCCCGACGCUGGCGGUGCUCGGCGGGCGGCCGCAAUCGCAGACCGACUACGGGUCGACCUGGCACUGAUCCACAAGGAAAGAAAAGUCGUCAAUCAGGUCAGUCGAAUGAUUUUGGUGGGCGGAGUGGCAGGCAAGACGGCAAUCAUUGUCGAUGACAUUGCCGACACCUGCGGUACCCUCGCCCUCGCUGCGCAGGUGCUCAUCGACAAUGGUGCCCAACGAUGCAUAGCCAUCGUCACCCACGGGUUUCUCAGUGGUCAAGCUCUCCAAGUGAUCGAGAAGAGUGCUCUUGAACGACUAGUCGUGACAAACACGCUGCCACUGCCCGAGAAGGCCAAGUCUUGCUCCAAGAUACACACAAUCGACGUGGGUUCGACCAUCGCUGAGGCGAUUCGGAGGACACACAAUGGAGAAUCGUAG